UAAAUUGAAGAAGCACGGGAUUAAGCACGCGAUUCGGAGAUAAAGAAAGACUUUGGAGAUUUGAAAAUCGGACUCGGCGCUAAGGCAUGCGCCAAUGCAGUGCCAUUGCUGUUACACAUGUGGUGCAACUAGUCUUCUUACAGUAAUUAGCUUGAGGCAAUUUAGCUGGGCGUGUCGCGCAAUGCUUGCGGCAUCUGACGUAGAACCCCUCCAUCUGAACUUAUGGGUACCUGUGUCGGCAUUGUACAAUACUUACAUGCAAUGUCAUCCAUGGAUACCUAGGGUAAUAUACUUCUUCCAUACAUACAUCUACAUCUUUCAUAUCCUAUUCCAUACGUAUCUCUUACCUCGUCGUCUGUAAAAAUAAAAUCACCCCUUUCCUCCUUGAUUCUUCCCUUUGGUUAGGUGUUAUUCUUUGGGUUAUGAUUAUAGUAACUAUCAUUAUCAGUAUUUAACCUAGGCAUACCUCCAAGUACCCACCUACGAAUCUUGGAA